CUUUAUUGCAAAGAGUUGCAUCUUGGAGUCACCAAGUCUCUGCAACAGCCUCUAGAUGCUGUUUUCAAACCUAAAUGAUGUUUGGAGAUUCCACCAUCACAGAUGUAGACAUCAGGAAUGUGUUGAAAUCUGCCAAGGCUUUAACUAAAGCUGUUAGUCUCAUCCUUAGUAAGAUGAGACAAAGAUAUUCUGGAUAUGCGCUCUGAUGAGGCUUGUUUUUUUAGAGUUAAAGCACCUUUUGAAAAUAACAUCAUUUAAGCAGGUAUUAAGCAUACGUUUGAUUAAGCCCACAUUUCUGUAUUAAAAAUAUUUGAUUUAUUUGUCUGAUAGAAUGUUCUAAUCUUGAAUGUUAAAUUAGCUGUAAAUGAAAAAAAAAAAAACAUCAUAAAUGACAGAAAUAAAAUUUAAAGCAGAUUUAGCCGUAUUUAAAUUUUAAUUAAACAUAAGCAAACUUUGAAAUGAUUCAUUUUCAAAUAUUUCAAAUUCUGUACUUCUGCUACACCUUUGCUCCCACAGUCCAUCGUUACCACAAUAACAUCUGAUGAUCAAAGGAGACGUCAGUUUGUUUCUUCCUCCAUGUUGAUCAGUGAGAUUUAUGGUCCUCUUUGUCUAUCUGAGACUGUGGCUUGGAGAGUCAUGCAGGUGUUUCAGUUCUACCUAAAGCCUCCUGUCUUCCUCAGGUGGUGUCUCAGUAUUUAUAGGUCCUCUAGAAACAGACGUUUCUGCUUUGUUUUGUCUGGGUUUCUUUUUCCUACCAGGCUUUUCUACUUAUUGUCCUUUUGUUUUGGAUUCCAACUGAACACCUAACAAGCAGGAUCUGUUUCUCCAUGUCUAGUUCUGCUGUGUGUGCAGAACAGUAAGCUUUUUCCACACUUGUCCUUUUGGAGACGCAUUAUUAAUAAAAUCAGUUUCUUUCUAAUCAAACCCAAACAUGCAGUCACAUUUAGAUCCAACUGUAUACAAUCCAGGUCGAUCCAAAAUACAACACAAUCAGCUUCAGUUGAUUAGCUGGAGGGAAGCUCCAGCAGAACCAGAACCAGGAUAGAUAUGAGAGGCCAUAUGCCACAACCAUCUACAGGUUGAGAGGACUGGAGGGAAAGUAAGAAAAAAACUCAGAAGCAAGCAACAGACCUGGAGUACUUUCUACAGGAAAGAUAAAAACAAAGAGAACAAGGUAAAGGUGAUAAUAGGUCUGUCAAUGACUCCAUCCAAAAAAAAAAAGAACACAGCUCAACAAAGAAGCACUGAGCCAGGACAAGUUUCUAUGGGAAAGAAGAGGGGAUACUGAGUUAAUGUAGCAAUGGCUCACUUGGAUAUUUUAAAGAUGCGAUACAUGUGAACUCAGAAAACAGAAGAGAGCAGAAAAGAUGCUGAGUUCAUUAUUAAUAUUAAACAAUCAGGCCACUGGUAUGCUCAGUUACAGUCAUUCAGCAGGGAUUUCAUCCUGUAGAACAAUUAUGAGGAAGGAUUGUCAAUCUUUCCUGUAUAAUAAAAAACAUCUGAUGAUCUUUUAUAGUUGGACAAAAAGACCCUGACUUUAUGUCAUGUUGUAGAAAAUAAUGUCUACAACAUGACAUAAAGGACAAGGACUCGCUCUUUUCUCUGUGCAGCCCCACGGCAGCAGGUUUAACCUAAUAUGGUGUUUUGAUGCUCAGAAGAGUGAAAAGUGUUAAAUAUUUUCACUGUGAGUUCUGCAUUGAAAAUAAACCCCGCCUGAGCUCAGGGAACCAAAGUUGACUCUUGAAGUCAUCCCACUGCUGGUUGGUAAAAAAACACACACCCCUACAAAGACACACAGACACCACUGAAGUAGACAUCUGACUUGUUGCUUUAUCAUGCUGAGGUGCCAGAAUGCUCUUGACUUGAUCCAUGAAACAAUGACCAAACGUUAACUGUCUGCUGUAUGUGCAUGUGUGUGUGUGUGUGUGUGUGUGUGUGUGUGUGUGUUACCAUGUAUAUAACAUCUGACAGUGCAGCCUGCAGGAUCAGUAUCAGCAUCAGGCGAGCAUGAAGACAGCAGUGGUUUUUAUUGUGUUGGCCUUGUUCUGGCAGCGGUGUCUAGUUAGUGGUCAUGUACUGGGAAGGCCCUCUUUUUCCAGUAACUUGGACCAGCUAAAGUCUCUACUGGAGCGCUUUGAGGAGACUUUGGCCGAAGAAGCUCAGAGGGAGGAGUUGGAUACUGAUUAUGAAGAGACAAACCAAGAACCAGAACACAGCCAGACUAACCAGGGUUGGAGCCUGGACCAAGAGGGGGAUCAUGAGAAUCACAUCUCAGAAGGAGCCCAACCUUCAGCUGUGGGUCAAAGCAGGACGGCGAUCCAGAGGAACCGACUCAAAGACCUGCUGCUGUCCCUCGGGAAACGGGCCUCCAGCUGCUUUGGAGCCAGGAUGGAUCGAAUAGGAAACAUCAGCGGUCUGGGAUGCAACGGUGGAAGAGGGUAGCCUGAUGGUUUCUUGGCCCACUUGUUGGAUUCAUUCCGAUCCUGAAGAUCUAGCCGAGGACAUCUAUGAUUCAUUGAUCCUGCUCUGAUGAAAAAUAAUUAUUGUGUAUGUAAAUAUGUGUGUUUCAUCAUUUGAAGUGGAAAUCUAUCUGUCAGCCAUGUCCACAGAGACCGUUAUAUAUACACCGAGCUUAUAUAAGGAAUUCAAAGAUCAAUACUAACACAGUCUGUGUCUUCAUGCUGUUUUUUUAACACAAACAUGUAAAAUGAAACAAUAAAGAAAAAUAAAUCAUUUUUUAUAUGAAAAA